AGCCUCAAGUCUUUUCAAUCCCACUUUAAAACCUGAAACCCAGCACCUAACACCCCACAUAUUCUCUCACUGCCAAAGACUCGAGCUAGGGACAUGGAGAAUGAGAAUGGUUAUUCGCAUCAGAAAUGGAAUUUCCGAGCGAAUGAAGAACUGAACACUGCCUCAAUCUCCGUCCGUGGUGUUCUCAACACGUUAGCAAAGAAUCUCAACUCCGACGAUCGACGGUCCACCAUUAUGCUGGGCCGCGGAGACCCGACUGAGUUUGCAUCAUUCUGGACGGCUCCUCCCGCCGCUGAUGCCGUCUCAGAGGCCCUCCAAUCCUUCAAGUUCAACUCUUAUUGUCCUACCGGCGGUGUUUUCGCAGCAAGAAGAGCUAUUGCAGAGUUUCUCUCCCGUGACCUCUCAAGCCAGUUAUUGCCUGAAGAUGUAUAUCUCACUGUUGGUUGCACACAAGCAAUCGAGAUCAUAGUGUCUGUUCUUGCACGUCCUGGUGCCAAUAUUCUGCUUCCCAAGCCUGGUUACCCACAGUAUGAAGCUCGAGCAGCUUUUGACCAUCUUGAAGUUCGCCAUUUUGAUCUUAUUCCUGAAAAAGGUUGGGAGGUGGAUCUUGAUUCUGUUGAAGCUCUUGUGGAUAACAACACUGCCGCCAUUGUUGUCAUUAACCCUAGCAAUCCUUGUGGAAAUGUCUUCACAUACCAGCAUUUGAAGAAGAUUGCAGAAACAGCAAAGAAACUCGGGAUCUUUGUGAUUUCGGAUGAAGUUUAUGGCCGUUUGGCUUUUGCCAGUAACCCUUUUGUGCCUAUGGGAAAGUUCAGUUCAAUUGUACCAGUUCUUACACUUGGUUCUAUAUCAAAGACAUGGAUUGUUCCUGGCUGGAGACUUGGCUGGAUUGUGAAAAAUGAUCCCGAGGGCAUCCUUGAAAAGACUGGGGUCGUGGACAGCAUUAAGAACUAUCUUGAUAUCACUUGUGACCCGGCGACCUUUGUUCAGGGAGCAAUACCUCAAAUCAUUGAGCGCACAAAAGAGAGUUUUUUCUCCAAUAUAAUUGGCAUAAUGAGAGAAGCUGUGGAUAUAUUAUAUGACAUGAUUAAGGAAAUCCCAUGCAUUACUUGCCCACAUAAACCUGAAGGUUCCAUGGUUGUAUUGGUUAAACUAAACCUAUCGGCACUUGAAGGCAUUGAUGAUGAUAUACAGUUUUGUCUUAAGCUGUCCAAAGAGGAGUCUGUGAUUGUUCUGCCAGGGGUCACUGUUGGACUGAAAAAUUGGCUCCGCAUUACUUUUGCUGUGGAACCUCAAGUACUUAAAGAAGGCCUUGAAAGGAUCAAAGCCUUCUCCCAAAGACAUGCCAAGAAGCAAUAAGGUGAUGAGUUUCAUGUCUUAACAAUCAUAUAAGUGAGAGAUGCUGAUCGGCAACUCCUCAUCAUUUGGACUUCAAAUUGCCUGAACUUAGCAAUAGAUAAAUUAAGAUUUAUCAGCAUUUAUAAAUAAAUGAAGUCGAAGUUGGACUUUUACACAUGAUUUUCUUGUACAAUAUUGAAUGUAAUUGUUGC